GGCCAGCAAUGCAUGCAUUGUUUGCCCGAAAAUGGAGUCAGCAUCUCCCUGGGAAAAUGUAGCUAAUUUAUUUUAUAGAUUUUGCCACCAUCAGCAGUUGAACCCAAGCAGCUCUGUUCUCUGAUGGGUUAAUUUUUCGCUUGGUGUGGAUCUAGGCUGAUGGAUAAAUUGCAGCCCUUUCCCUUCUCGUGGAGGCUUCUGAAGUCGGUUUUUUCAGGAUUAGUGCUGGCUUUCUGGCUGCCGCAUGUGUGGUGACUCCGAAUCCUUCCCCUUCGGAAGAGCACCCUCUGCAGCGUUCCCCCUUCGGAGGAAAUCACUUAGACACUUCCAGCUGGUGGCAGGGGAUGCGGCCAUAACACAGCUCCUUGGUCCCAGCUGCCUCCACUACAGCCUCUUGCAGCAGGAUGGCUGCCCUCGCCGGAAGAGGGAAGGGCGCAGCAAGGUGUAGGGUGAAACCCGGACCCUGCUGGAGUGCGUUUUGAAAGCUGCAGUUUCCCCCAGCAUCUCUGCCUCUCCGCCUCUUGGAUGCUUCCCUGCCGUUCAGCCCAGGCUCCUCUCCAGCGAGGGCUAUGCUGCUCCGUGCCUGAUUAGAGGUGCCCCGAGGAGAUCACCUUUUCAGAGAAAGCUCUGCCUGCUUGACAGGGUCUUUUUUUGAUGCAUUAUGGCUCAUGCCGCCUCCCAGCUGAAGAAAAACAGGGAUUUAGAAAUCAAUGCUGAAGAGGAGACUGAGAAAAAAAAGAAGCACCGCAAACGGUCCCGGGAUCGCAAGAAAAAGUCUGAUGCCAACGCGAGUUACUUGAGAGCAGCUCGAGCGGGACACUUGGAAAAGGCCCUCGACUACAUAAAAAAUGGAGUGGACAUCAACAUCUGCAACCAGAAUGGGUUGAACGCACUCCAUCUUGCUUCCAAAGAAGGCCAUGUAGAAGUGGUCUCUGAGCUGCUACAGAGGGAAGCCAACGUCGAUGCAGCCACAAAGAAAGGAAACACAGCCUUACACAUCGCAUCUUUGGCUGGGCAAGCGGAGGUGGUCAAGGUCUUGGUUACAAAUGGAGCGAAUGUCAAUGCGCAAUCUCAGAAUGGGUUCACGCCGUUGUAUAUGGCGGCCCAGGAGAACCACCUGGAAGUUGUCAGGUUUCUUCUGGACAAUGGUGCCAGCCAGAGCCUGGCCACAGAGGACGGCUUCACACCAUUGGCUGUGGCUCUGCAGCAAGGCCAUGACCAGGUUGUGUCACUCCUGCUCGAAAACGACACGAAGGGGAAGGUGCGUCUCCCAGCCCUCCACAUCGCGGCCCGCAAAGAUGACACAAAAGCAGCUGCUCUGCUCCUGCAGAACGACAACAAUGCAGACGUGGAGUCGAAGAGUGGCUUCACCCCGCUCCACAUAGCUGCUCACUAUGGGAAUAUCAAUGUGGCCACGUUGCUGUUAAACCGAGCGGCUGCCGUGGACUUCACCGCACGGAAUGACAUCACUCCUCUACACGUCGCCUCGAAACGAGGAAACGCAAACAUGGUGAAGUUAUUGCUCGACCGGGGUGCGAAGAUUGAUGCCAAGACCAGGGAUGGUCUGACACCACUGCACUGUGGGGCAAGAAGUGGCCAUGAGCAGGUGGUAGAGAUGUUGCUUGACAGAGCCGCACCCAUCCUUUCAAAAACCAAGGUGAGGUCUUUGGUUUCUGAACGUGGUACCGUGCUUGGGUCUGCUUCCCUUCGCUGUUUUUAUCUGAUGCCAUGGAACGAGGUUAAGCAGAUGUAUGUGUUUGUCCCUUUACAGAACGGCUUCACCCCUCUCCAUAUCGCCUGCAAAAAGAACCGCAUCCGAGUAAUGGAACUCCUUUUGAAGCACGGUGCAUCCAUACAAGCCGUAACCGAGUCGGGCCUUACCCCAAUCCAUGUUGCUGCCUUCAUGGGACAUGUGAAUAUCGUGUCACAGCUAAUGCAUCAUGGAGCCUCCCCAAACACCACCAAUGUGAGAGGAGAAACAGCGUUGCAUAUGGCAGCUCGGUCAGGCCAAGCGGAAGUGGUGCGGUAUCUGGUCCAAGAUGGCGCUCAGGUAGAAGCAAAAGCUAAGGAUGACCAGACCCCGCUCCACAUCUCAGCCCGGCUGGGGAAGGCGGAUAUAGUGCAGCAACUGUUGCAGCAAGGAGCGUCGCCCAAUGCUGCAACCACCUCUGGGUACACCCCGCUUCACCUUUCUGCCCGAGAGGGGCAUGAGGACGUCGCUGCGUUCCUUCUGGACCACGGAGCAUCCUUAUCCAUCACAACAAAGAAGGGAUUCACUCCUCUCCACGUGGCUGCCAAAUACGGAAAGCUUGAAGUAGCGAAUCUCCUGCUGCAGAAGAGCGCCUCUCCGGAUGCUGCUGGGAAGAGCGGGCUAACUCCACUGCACGUAGCAGCGCAUUACGAUAACCAGAAAGUGGCCCUUCUGCUUUUGGACCAGGGAGCCUCACCUCACGCAGCCGCAAAGAAUGGUUAUACACCACUGCACAUUGCGGCCAAGAAGAACCAGAUGGACAUAGCGACUUCUCUGCUGGAGUAUGGUGCUGAUGCAAAUGCUGUUACCCGGCAAGGGAUUGCUUCCGUCCAUCUCGCAGCUCAGGAAGGGCAUGUGGACAUGGUAUCGCUGCUCCUCAGUAGAAAUGCGAAUGUGAACCUGAGCAAUAAGAGUGGCCUCACCCCGCUCCAUCUGGCUGCUCAAGAAGACAGAGUGAAUGUGGCUGAAGUCCUCGUCAACCAAGGGGCCCACGUGGAUGCACAGACCAAGAUGGGCUACACGCCACUCCAUGUGGGCUGUCACUAUGGAAACAUCAAAAUAGUCAAUUUUCUGCUGCAGCAUUCCGCAAAAGUUAAUGCCAAAACAAAGAAUGGAUACACACCCUUGCACCAGGCAGCUCAGCAGGGCCACACGCAUAUCAUCAACGUCUUGCUUCAGAACAAUGCCUCCCCCAAUGAACUCACUGUGAAUGGGAACACAGCCCUGGCCAUCGCCCGGCGCCUCGGCUACAUCUCAGUGGUUGACACACUGAAGAUUGUGACAGAAGAGACGAUAACCACCACCACCAUCACUGAGAAACACAAAAUGAACGUUCCAGAAACGAUGAAUGAAGUUCUCGAUAUGUCAGAUGAUGAAGUUCGUAAAGCCAACGCCCCCGAAAAGCUCAGUGAUGGGGAAUAUAUGUCAGAUGUUGAAGAAGGUGAAGAUGCCAUCACAGGGGACACUGACAAGUAUCUUGGGCCACAAGACCUUAAGGAACUGGGCGAUGACUCCCUGCCAGCGGAGGGUUAUGUGGGCUUCAGUCUCGGAGCCCGGUCUGCCAGCCUCCGCUCCUUCAGUUCGGAUAGGUCAUACACCUUGAACAGAAGCUCCUACGCGAGGGACAGCAUGAUGAUCGAGGAACUUCUCGUGCCAUCCAAAGAGCAGCACCUAACAUUCACAAGGGAGUUUGAUUCAGAUUCUCUCAGACACUACAGCUGGGCUGCAGACACCUUAGACAAUGUCAACCUGGUCUCGAGCCCCGUGCAUUCCGGGUUUCUCGUUAGCUUUAUGGUGGACGCGAGAGGGGGUUCCAUGCGAGGAAGCCGCCACCAUGGGAUGCGGAUCAUCAUCCCCCCACGCAAGUGUACGGCCCCCACCCGCAUCACCUGCCGCCUGGUAAAGAGACAUAAACUGGCCAACCCACCCCCCAUGGUGGAAGGAGAGGGAUUAGCCAGUAGGCUGGUAGAAAUGGGUCCUGCGGGGGCACAAUUUUUAGGCCCUGUCAUAGUGGAAAUCCCUCAUUUUGGGUCCAUGAGAGGAAAGGAGAGGGAACUCAUUGUUCUCCGGAGUGAGAAUGGGGAGACCUGGAAGGAGCACCAGUUUGACAGCAAAAAUGAAGACCUCACCGAGCUACUGAACGGCAUGGAUGAAGAGCUUGACAGUCCAGAAGAGUUGGGGACGAAGCGGAUCUGCAGGAUCAUCACCAAGGAUUUCCCCCAGUAUUUCGCAGUAGUUUCCCGGAUUAAGCAGGAAAGCAACCAGAUUGGUCCAGAAGGCGGGAUUCUGAGCAGCACUACCGUGCCCCUGGUCCAGGCGUCUUUCCCAGAGGGUGCCUUAACCAAAAGGAUCCGAGUGGGUCUCCAGGCUCAGCCUGUUCCAGAGGAGAUUGUGAAGAAGACCCUUGGAAACAAGGCGACAUUUAGCCCGAUUGUCACUGUGGAACCAAGAAGGAGGAAAUUCCAUAAGCCGAUCACCAUGACCAUUCCGGUGCCCCCACCCUCAGGAGAAGGCGUGUCCAACGGGUACAAGGGGGACACCACGCCCAACCUUCGUCUCCUCUGCAGCAUUACAGGGGGCACCUCACCCGCUCAGUGGGAGGACAUCACAGGAACCACGCCUCUGACCUUCAUAAAGGACUGUGUCUCCUUCACUACCAAUGUUUCGGCCAGGUUUUGGCUUGCAGACUGCCACCAGGUUUUAGAAACCGUAGGGCUAGCCUCGCAACUGUACAGAGAGUUGAUAUGCGUCCCUUACAUGGCCAAGUUUGUUGUUUUUGCCAAAACGAAUGACCCAGUAGAGUCUUGCCUGCGGUGCUUCUGCAUGACGGACGACAGGGUGGACAAGACCCUCGAGCAGCAGGAGAAUUUCGAGGAGGUUGCCAGGAGCAAAGACAUUGAGGUUCUGGAAGGAAAGCCCAUAUUCGUUGAUUGCUAUGGAAACCUGGCCCCUCUCACCAAAGGAGCUCAGCAACUUGUUUUUAACUUCUAUUCUUUCAAAGAAAACAGAUUGCCAUUCUCCAUCAAGGUUAGAGACACCAGCCAAGAGCCCUGCGGCCGUCUGUCUUUCCUGAAAGAGCCGAAGACAACAAAGGGAUUACCCCAAACAGCUGUUUGCAACUUAAAUAUUACUCUACCUGCACAUAAAAAGGAGACAGAGUCAGAUCAAGAUGAUGAGGCUGAGAAAGCGGACAGACGGCAAAGCUUUGCAUCCCUAGCUUUACGUAAGCGCUACAGCUACUUGACUGAGCCUGGCCUGAUUGAACGGAGUUCAGGAACAGCAAGAUCCCUCCCCACCACUUGCUCAUACAAGCCAUUCUUUUCUACAAGACCAUACCAGUCCUGGACCACAGCUCCAAGCACGGUACCCGGGCCGGCCAAGUCAGGCUUCGCCUCCUUAUCCAGCUCUUCCUCUAACACACCAUCAGCUUCUCCGUUAAAAUCCAUAUGGUCUGUUUCGACUCCUUCUCCAAUCAAAUCCACACUAGGCGCAUCAACGACAUCUUCGGUCAAAUCCAUUAGUGACGUGGCAUCUCCUAUUAGAUCUUUCCGGACAAUGUCUUCGCCAAUAAAAACGGUGGCGUCGCCAUCUCCCUACAAUAUCCAGGUUGCCUCUGGUACCCUGGGGAGAGCUCCCACAGUCACCGAGGCCACACCCUUAAAGGGGCUGGCGCCCAACUCGACCUUUUCCUCUCGGACUUCUCCUGUGACGACCGCAGGGUCUCUUUUGGAGAGGUCAUCCAUUACUAUGACACCCCCUGCCUCCCCCAAAUCAAACAUUACUAUGUAUUCCUCAAGCUUGCCAUUUAAGUCCAUUAUCACAUCCGCAGCGCCACUGACCUCUUCCCCUUUAAAGUCAGUGGUGUCUCCAACUAAGUCGGCAGCUGAUGUCCUCUCGCCAGCUAAAGCUACGAUGGCCUCAUCUCUCCCCUCCCCCUUAAAGCAGACGUCCGGGCACGCAGAGGUAGCGCUAGUCAACGGGUCCGUGUCUCCUCUGAAGUAUCCCUCAUCUUCAGCUUUAAUUAACGGAUGCAAAGCCACUGCCACGUUACAGGACAAAAUUUCUACAGCCACAAAUGCCGCGAGCUCAGUGGCCAGCAUGGCCACCGACGCGGUGGAGAAACCGCCCUCUACCAUGGCAGCCAUGCCCUUUUCCCCACUCAGGUCGUACGUCUCUGCAGUACCCUUGGCUUUUCAGUCUCUGAGAACUUCCUCCGCAAGUGCACUCUACGCCUCCCUCGGGUCUUCAAUCUCUGCUACUACCUCAUCCGUGACGUCGUCAGUAAUCACAGUGCCAGUAUACUCGGUCGUCAAUGUGUCGUCGGAACCAGCACUGAAGAAACUCCCAGACUCUAAUUCGCUCACAAAAUCGGCAGCAGCUCUGCUGUCACCCGUUAAAACAUUGACUACGGAGACGCGUCCUCAACCCCACUUCGCUCGAACGUCAUCCCCCGUUAAGUCAUCUCUGUUCCUCACGCCCUCCGCCCUUAAGCUGUCGGCGCCGUCUUCUUUAUCUUCCAGUCAGGAGAUCUUAAAGGACGUGGCGGAAAUGAAGGAGGACCUCAUGAGAAUGACCGCCAUCCUGCAGACGGAUGUACCUGAGGAGAAGCCAUUCCAACCCGACCUUCCGAAAGAGGGGAGGAUAGAUGACGAAGAGCCUUUCAAAAUCGUCGAGAAGGUGAAGGAAGACUUGGUGAAAGUCAGUGAGAUCCUAAAAAAGGAUGUAUGCGUCGACAGCAAAGGGCCACCCAAAUCCCCAAAGAGUGACAAAGGACAUUCUCCAGAGGAUGACUGGAUCGAGUUUAGUUCCGAGGAACUACAAGAAGCCAGGCGGGCCGCGGCCAGCCACACCCCACCUCUGCCUGAGAAAGUGCACGGGAAAGCCAACUUGACGAGAGUCAUUGACUACCUGACCAAUGACAUUGGGAGCAGUUCACUGACCAACUUAAAGUACAAGUUUGAAGAUGCCAAGAAGGACGGAGAGGAGAGACAGAAAAGGAUUUUAAAGCCAGCCAUGGCCUUGCAGGAACACAAACUCAAAAUGCCGCCAGCCUCCAUGAGGCCUUCCACCUCCGAGAAGGAAUUGUGCAAGAUGGCUGACUCGUUUUUUGGCUCCGAUGCCAUCUUAGAAUCUCCUGAUGACUUUUCUCAACAUGACCAAGAUAAAAGUCCCUUGUCCGACAGCGGCUUUGAAACCAGGAGUGAGAAAACACCAUCAGCCCCACAAAGUGCCGAAAGCACGGGCCCUAAGCCGCUUUUCCACGAAGUCCCCAUCCCUCCCGUCAUCACAGAGACAAGGACUGAAGUGGUCCAUGUGAUUAGGAGCUAUGAACCCUCUACUGGGGAGAUCCCCCAGUCCCAGCCAGAGGACCCCGUGUCUCCCAAACCUUCGCCUACAUUUAUGGAGUUGGAGCCAAAGCCUACCACCUCUAGCAUUAAGGAAAAAGUCAAAGCAUUUCAAAUGAAAGCCAGUAGCGAGGAAGAGGACCAUAGUCGGGUUUUAAGUAAAGGCAUGCGUGUCAAAGAAGAGACUCAUAUCACCACGACCACCAGGAUGGUGUAUCACUCCCCUCCGGGCAGUGAAUGUACCUCAGAACGAAUUGAGGAAACCAUGUCAGUCCACGACAUUAUGAAAGCCUUCCAGUCCGGGCGAGACCCUUCCAAAGAGCUGGCAGGGCUGUUUGAACACAAGUCGGCCAUGUCUCCAGACGUUCCCAAGUCUGCUGCUGAGAUCUCAGCCCAGCACGCAGAGAAGGACAGCCAAAUGAAACCCAAACUGGAGCGUAUAAUAGAAGUCCACAUCGAAAAAGGUAACCAAGCCGAACCCACUGGAGUCAUUAUUAGAGAGACCAAAAAGCAUCCAGAGAAGGAAGUAUCUGUGUGUCAGAAAGACUUGUCCCGGGGAAGUAUUAACUUAAAAGAUUUUCUGCCAGAGAAACACGAUGCUUUCCCUUGCCCCGAGGAGCAGGGUCCACAAGACGAUGAAGAACUUGCAGCUGAAGAGUCCUUGCCUUCUUAUCUGGAAUCUUCCAGAGUAAAUACUCCAGUGUCCCAAGAAGAAGAUAGCCGCCCUAGUUCCGCACAGCUCCUGUCCGAUGAGUCGUAUAAAACACUGAAGCUUUUGAGUCAGCACUCCGUAGAAUACCAUGAUGACGAGCUGUCAGACCUAAGAGGGGAGUCGUACAGGUUUGCUGAGAAAAUGCUUCUGUCAGAGAAGCUAGAUGUUUCUCACUCUGAUACCGAGGAAUCGGUGACAGACCCUGCAGGACCCCCUAGCUCAGAGUUACAGAGGUCUGAUAAGCGCUCCAGAGAUAAAGUAGCCACUGCCCCUAAAAAAGAAAUCCUCUCCAAAAUCUAUAAAGAUGUGUCCGAAAAUGGGGUAGGGAGAGUGUCUAAAGACGAGCAUUUUGAUAAAAUGACAGUGUUGCACUAUGCGGGUAAUGUCAGUGGUCCAAAACAUGCCGUGUGGAUGCACUUGUCCGAGGACAGACUAGAGAGAGGUAGAGAGAAGUUGAUAUAUGAAGAUAGGGUGGACAGGACCGUGAAGGAGGCCGAAGAGAAACUGACUGAGGUGUCACAGUUUUUUCGUGACAAAACCGAGAAACUAAACGAUGAACUGCAGUCCCCGGAGAAAAAGCCACGCCCCCAAAAUGGCAAGGAAUACUCUUCCCAGAGUUCUACCAGCAGUAGUCCCGAGAAAGUGUUAACAGAGCUAUUGGCAUCCAAUGACGAGUGGGUUAAGGCCAGGCAGCGUGGCCCAGACGGACGAGGUGUCCCUCAGGCUGAGGAAAGGAAGACAUCCAGUGGCUCCAGCAGCCCAGAGAAGAGGGUCCCUUCCCAACAGAGUGAGGAUGGCCAGCCUACAGAGGAAGCCAAAAGAACUGUCCAUGCUCAGAGCCGAGGACCAGAGGGGCCCCAGUCCAGAUUUCAGCUCAAGCAAUCUAAACUCAGUCCCAUUCGAUUAAAAUUUGAACAAGGCACACGCGCAAAAAGUAAGGACCCUUCUCAAGAAGAGAAAAAUCUGGACGGCCCAUCUCGAAUCCCAGUUAAGAAAACUCUAGAAAACAAGCCGCCCACACACCCAGGUUUGGCUAGAGAAAAACAGCAGAAGGCUGUAGACCCCUCCGAGGAGAGAGUGCCAGUGCAAAAUGAUGUCACAAUAUUCAAAACUGAGCAUGCCAAAAGCAACGACACAGUUGUGCACGAACCUGGCUCCGAUGAUGCCAAAAGACACAGAACUGAGGUGUUAAGUAAGGCAAUGCCCGACUUCUUCCCCGAGCAGCAGGCUGAAGAAGACUCAGCCUGUCCCAUGACAUCAGACCUAGCGACCAAGGGACCUUGGGACAAAAAGGUCUUUAGAACAUGGGAAAGUUCUGGGGCCAAUAACAAUAAGGCUCAGAAAGAGAAACUUUCGCAUGUGCUUGUUCACGAUACCAGAGAGAGUCAUGCCGCUCGCCCGGGGGAGAGCGAGAAUGCCGACCCAAGGAAUGAAUUUAUGUGUGUGACUGAGAGAGAACACAAAUUGUUAACGAACGGCUCUCUCUCAGAAAUUAAGGAAAUGAGUGUAAAAUCUCCCUCCAAGAAAGUGUUAUACAGGGAGUAUAUUGUUAAAGAAGGGGACCGUCCCGGCGGCGCUCCCGACCAUCCUCCCAGGAGAAGCGAGAGCUCAUUGGUCUCUCACAUCCCCAUCAGGGUCGCAGACGAGAGAAAGAUGCCAUCUUCUAACAUGCCUGAUGGGUUUUGUGAGCAGUCAACAUUUCCAAAACACGAACUCUCCCAAAAAGUGUCCCGGUCAAGUAUGAGCAAAGAGAUAGUUGAAAGCCAGCACUUUAAUUCUGUAGAGGAUGAAAAAGUUACCUAUUCCGAGAUCAGCAAAGUUUCCAAACAGAGUUAUGUAGGCCUCUGCCCAGCUCUCGAUGAAACCGAGACCUCUCCCACCAGAUCUCCCGACUCGUUAGAGUUUAGCCCGGGAAAGGACUCUCCCUCUAGUGAUGUGUUCGACCACGGUUCCAUGGAGGGGUUGGAGAAGCUUGCUCCGCUAGCUCAGACAGAGGGAGGGAAGGAGAUCAAAACCCUACCUGUUUAUGUUAGCUUCGUCCAAGUGGGGAAACAGUACGAGAAGGAGCUCCAGCAAGGAGGGGUUAAAAAAAUCAUAAGUCAGGAAUGUAAGACGGUGCAGGAAGCCAGGGGAACCUUCUAUACAACCAGACAGCAAAAGCAGCCUCCUUCUCCCCAGGGCAGUCCAGAAGAUGAUACUCUAGAGCAAGUGUCCUUUCUAGACAGCUCUGGGAAGAGCCCUUUGACCCCAGAAACCCCCAGCUCAGAGGAAGUGAGUUACGAGUUCACAUCUAAGACGCCAGACUCCUUCUUAGCUUUUAUACCAGGUCAACCCAGCCCGAUCCCCGAGGUUUCUGAGGAGUCGGAGUCAGAGGAGCCCAAGUCAGCCCCCCUAAAGCAGGUGGCCAUGGAACGGGAAACAGAGCGUGAUGUGAGCAAAGACUCUACCCCAAGACCCAAAUGUAACCGGGUCGCCUAUAUUGAGUUCCCCCCUCCUCCCCCUCUGGAUGCCGACCAGAUGGAAUCAGAUAAGAAACAUCAGUAUCUCCCUGAAAGGGAGGUUGACAUGAUUGAGGUCAACCUUCAGGAUGAGGGUGACAAGUACCAGCUGGCUGAACCCGUCAUCCGAGUGCAGCCCCCAUCACCGGUUCCUCCCGGCGCUGAAGCCAGCGACUCCAGUGAUGAUGAGUCCAUGUACCGACCGGUGCCGGUUAAAAAAUACACCUUCAAGUUAAAGGAAGUUGACGAAGGACAGAAAGACAUGGCCAAAUCCAAAACGGCUGCCACGAAGGCUUCCAGCCAGAAAGAGGUGGAGACUAACGGGAGGGAGAACGAGUCUGGCCUUGACUCGCCUCAGAACGAAACAGCUCAGAAUGGAAACAAUGACCAGUCUGUCACUGAGUGUUCCAUCGCAACCACAGCUGAGUUUUCCCAUGACACGGAUGCCACCGAGAUCGACUCUCUGGAUGGCUAUGACCUGCAAGAUGAGGACGAUGGCCUAACAGAGAGUGACUCUAAACUCCCCAGUCAGACCCUGGAUACCAAGAAGGACAUCUGGACAGAGGGCAUCCUGAAGCCGGCCGACCGCUCUUUCAGUCAGAGUAAACUGGAAGUUAUUGAGGAGGAGGGGAAAGUGGGGCUGGAUGAAGAGAAGCCAUCAUCUUCCAAAAGCUCUUCCUCUGACCAAACCCCAGAGAAGACAGAUCCCAAGUCAGGGGCCCAGUUUUUCACCCUGGAAGGGAGACAUCCAGACAGAUCUGUGUUUCCUGAUACUUACUUCAGUUACAAAGUUGAUGAAGAAUUCGCCACUCCUUUUAAAACGGUAGCGACCAAAGGUCUAGAUUUUGACCCUUGGCCCAAUAACCGAGGGGACAAUGAAGUUUUUGACAGUAAAUCUCGGGAAGAUGACACUAAGCCAUUUGGCCUGGCGGUGGACGACCAAUCUCCGGCAACCACCCCUGACACAACGCCAGCCAGAACACCAACUGAUGAAAGUACCCCAACUAGUGAGCCUAACCCCUUCCCAUUUCAUGAAGGAAAAAUGUUUGAGAUGACCCGCAGUGGUGCAAUUGACAUGAGCAAGAGAGAUUUUGUGGAAGAGAGGCUCCAAUUUUUCCAGAUUGGUGAGCAUACUCCUGAAGGGAAGUCAGGGGCCCAGGGGGAAGGGGAUAGCAGUGUGGUCACUGACACCCCACAGCCACAGUCAGGGGACACCUCGGUAGACACCAAUCUAGAAAGAGAUGUAGAGGCACCUACAGUCGAAUCGACCAACGGAGAGUGUCAGGAAGGCACAGCCUGUAGUGGGUCUCUGGAGAAGUCAGCCGCCGCCACUAACACCUCAAAAGCUGACCCCAAGUCACGCACGCCUAUAAAAAUGGGAAUUUCUGCAUCUACCAUGACCAUGAAGAAAGAAGGCUCUGGAGAAGUGACAGAUAAGCUAGAGGCUGUGGUGACCAAUUGUCAGGGGUUAGAAAACGAAACGAUGGCAGUUAUCUCAAGUGCACCCGAUAGCCAGGUGGGCGAUAGGCCCCAAGAGAAACACGAUUUCCAAAAAGAUAACUUCAAUAACAACAAUAACCUGGAUUCUUCCACUGUGCAGACAGAUAACACCACAAAUCACGUAGUUCUGACAGGACGGGCUGCCUGUCCCACUCGUACCACAGAGAAAGCUAAUCCAGUCAAAGUCUCAGGAAAGAGUCCAGGGAUCCAAGGACACUGCACCAGAGAUUCGCGGAAGGAGCCAGUAGGGGCUAGGCGGAAAUCCAAGCUUCCCAUAAAGGCCACUGCACCAAAAGAUGUCUUCCUGCUAAACCAUAAGCCAGACAGUAAAGCAGGUAAACCGAGGCAGGUUGGUCCAUCUGAAAAAAACAAAACCCUUCCUCCUUCUUCAUGUGUAGAUGUCAAGUCCCGAAUUCCAGUCAAAAACACACACAGGGAGAACCUAGUUUCAGUCAGAAAAGCAUGUGCCACACAAAAGCGAGGGCAGCCAGAGAAAGACAAGGCCAAACCGCCUCCAUCCAAGUUGCCAGUAAAGGUAAGAUCCACCUGUGUCACCGCCACCACCGCCACCACCACCACCACCAACACCACCACCACCACCACCGUUAAAGUUAGAGAAAGUCAGCAUAAGGCGGUAUGUAAACAUCCCAUUGAAUAUUUUAAGGGAAUUAGUGGUGAGACCCUAAAACUUGUGGACCGCCUCACUGAAGAGGACAAAAAGAUGCAGUCGGAGUUGUCCGAUGAGGAAGAGAGUACCUCAAGAACCACGUCGUUGUCCGAGACUUCCCGGGGUGGCCAGUCUUCAGUUACCACGAAGUCCGCUAGAGAUAAGAGAACAGAGGCAACACCUUUAAAAUCAAAGAGUGGAAAGGCCGGCAGUAGGAGGACUGGUCCACAGAGUCCUUGUGAGCGGACAGAUAUCAGGAUGGCAAUAGUAGCCGAUCACCUGGGACUUAGUUGGACAGAGCUGGCAAGGGAACUGAAUUUUUCAGUGGACGAAAUCAAUCAGAUACGUGUGGAAAAUCCCAAUUCUUUAAUUUCUCAAAGCUUCAUGCUCUUAAAAAAGUGGGUUACCAGAGACGGAAAGAAUGCCACAACUGAUGCCUUAACUUCGGUCUUGACCAAAAUUAACCGAAUAGACAUAGUGACCCUGCUAGAAGGACCGAUUUUUGAUUACGGGAAUAUUUCAGGCACCAGAAGCUUUGCAGAUGAAAACAAUGUUUUCCAUGACCCAGUCGAUGGUUGGCAGAACGAGACGUCGAGUGGAAGCCUAGAGUCCCCGGCCCAAGCCCGAAGAAUAACUGGUGGGUUACUAGACCGCCUGGACGACAGCUCUGAUCAGGUUCGAGAUUCCAUUACCUCAUAUCUCAAAGGAGAACCUGGGAAAUUUGAAGCAAACGGAAGCCAUGCAGAAGUCACUCCAGAAGCAAAGGCAAAGUCCUACUUCCCAGAAUCCCAAAAUGACAUAGGGAAACAGAGCAUUAAGGAGAAUCUGAAACCAAAAAUACACGGAUCUGGUCGCACUGAGGAGCCAGCGUCACCCCUCGCAGCCUAUCAGAAAUCUCUGGAAGAAACCAGCAAGUUUGUCAUGGAGGAUGCACCAAAGCCCUGUGUGCCUGUCAGCAUGAAAAAGAUGACUAGGACUUCUGCUGAUGGCAAAGCCAGGCUCAACCUCCACGAAGACGAGGGGUCCAGCGGAUCGGAGCCUAAGCAGGGAGAAGGCUAUAAACUGAAGACGAAGAAAGAAAUUCGGAACGUGGAGAAAAAGACCCACUAGGGACAGUGACGUCGCUCCAGGACCACGUGUUCAUACUGCCAGUAUUGAGAAAUCUACCAGAGAGCAGCCGGAAGGAAAAUAUUUACCAAGAAGAGAGUGUGGGUCUGCCGCCGCCACACACCAGUGACCCGAGUUUUUCUUUAAUGCAAAAGGAAAAAUAAGAAAAAGAAAAUAACUCAUUUUUUUUUUUAUUUAGCAUGAGCCAAUUUACAGAGCAUGGAAACUCACUCCCAUUCCCAGAAUCGACACACGUGCACUGAGCAAUGCAGUCUAAGGUACAAGAAGCCAUGUUGUUCAGACUUGAUCUCAAGUAAUUUGGUGUCAUUUUUCAAAGAAAAAAAGAAAAGAAGGAAAGAAAAGAAAACUGUACGCCGGGAGGGACAGAAGAGGAAAGGAUCAACUCAAGAAGAAACUCCACAGUUACUAAAUCCACAACAGCUCGCCUUAUUUUUCUUGGACCCAAACUGUCAGGGUAUAAACACUGUUUGUUUCUUUUUUUAAAGAAAAAAAAAUUAAAAAAAAAAUCAAUAGUUUUGCUGUAAAUAAUAUCACUGUAAAUUCUAACAACAACGACAACAACAAAAAUAGAAUAAAUGGUGAUAGGCACCUGCCUCCUAGAACACAGACAAGAUAUCCCAGCUGCAUCUAACCGUGGGAGUUCCAAGUGACUUCACCCUGGACACGGACGAGCUUCUGGGCUGUGCGGGGACUCUUCACUGAUUCUUGUAUAUUAGCAAUGAUAAUGUUUGUACACGCAAAACUGCUAGCUUGAUUUUAAAAAGAAAAUGCAAAUCUUUAACAAAAAAAAAAACUUGCUGCAAAUUUAAAUAAUUCCCCAAAUGAGGAAUUCUGUAGGUCUGUGAAAAAAAAUUUUUUUUCUUCAGAAUACUAAUAUUUUGAUGCAUGCAUAUCACCUUAUUUUGAUUAAACCUUUUCCAAUUUUGCAAACACUACAGUCUCCUGCAACACAGGAGAUUUUAUCCGUAAACACAAAGCCCUUCAUCUAAUAUUUGUUGCUAUUGCCAACUUUUUUAAUGAAAUGACCAAAAAUGGAAAAAAAAAAUCCCACAAAACUAUACAGUAGUUGCUUGGGGGUGGGAUGGGGGAGGGCUGUUAGUGCUUACAGGGGGAAAUUGCUUGCCACUGUACAGGUGGAUGGUGCUCACAAGAGGCCCCGGUCAUGGGUAUUUAAAAAUGGACUGACCAGAAACCCGUAUCUAGGAGAAUGGCAGCACACUGUAAAAAAAAAAAAGAAAAGGAAAAAAAAAAAUCACUGUUCUUGUGUACUGGCUCUGAGAUGUAGACCCCCUCCAGUAAGCCGAUCACUUGUAACCACCGUAGCAGUGCUGUAGGUUAGUAAGGCUGCGUCUUAUAGAGCAUCUUCCUCUGGGUUUCAGUGAGGUUCCUUCAUCCACUAUCUUCACUUGAAAUCGGCCCCCAUGGACACCUAGCUCUAAAUGACAUGUAUGGGAGAAGCAGACGCUGGAUAACCUAGUCAAUUAUUUAAGCAUAAAAAUAAAUUGUGUUCAACUCUUCACCUACCCGGGCUCUACAGUGUCCUUGUGUCCUCUGGCAAAGCGCAAUUGUCUAACCCCUGAGUCCCAGGGGGUCCCGUCUGUGCCUCUGGUCACUAAAGCCAUAGUCUGGAACACGCCACCCUCUCCCGAAAACACUGACCUUUGCAUAAACCCCACGCAGCGUAAACUCAUGUGCAUUUUGUGGGGGAAUCGAGAAUUUAAAAUGAGGUCAUCUCUGUUGUAUCUAUCUAGGCUUCCCCUCCCCAUAAAAGAAGUUGGGGUCUAUACAGCCACCAUGUCAAGAAGCGUUGUUCCCAGGAAGCUUCCACCUGCAGUGGCUUUUAGCCCAUAAAGCAUUUAAUUUAGGUUUCGGGGUUUUUUUUUUGUUUUUGUUUUUGUUUUUUUUGUCAUUGGUUUUUGGCGUUUUUUGGUGGUUUGGGUUUUUGUUGUUGUAUUUAAGAUAAGAUCUCAAAUGUUUGUUUAGUUUAAGUGGCAUUUGUUGUCAGAGCUCACAAUUUGAGAAAUUUUACUAGUAACUCAGGAUUUUUACCUUUUUUUUUUUUUUGGUAUGGGACAUUGACCCUUGACCCUAAGGCUUCAUGCAUGCUAACCAAGUGAACUACUACCAGGCGGUACCCUCUGCCUUCUUUUGAGACAGGGUCUUCUUAACUUGUCCAAGCUGGCCUUGACCUUGCGAGCCUUCUGCCUUGUCAACUUACAUGCCUGUGCCACUAGACUGGACAUGACAUCUCUUGAGAAGCCACAUUUGGCAGAAGCGGACCUCUAUUCCAAAAGACGCUGAAGCCAUGACCCGUGUGCUCUCCAGCCAGAUACGUGGUCCCCAAUGUACCAGCCUCAUUUCUUAUUUUAGCCUGAUAGGAACUUGGAAUUUGGGGUUCACUAACUUCAUGAUUCUGAGUUCCGAGAGAAAGAUGUCACGCCGUUCUGACUUUGACCCCAACCCACAGCCUGGCAUGAUACGGUAGGGGUGGUAUCUGUCACCAUCCCUAAAUUGCAAGUAUGUACUCUAUCACUUCAUUCUAAAUACAUUCCGUUCAUGGACUCAGUCCGUACAGCCAUUGUGUGAGUUAGGUACUAUCUUUGAUCAUAACAGGCCCCAUGUAGAAUUAAAGCAGUGCUUAAUGCCAUUCAAGGCUAUCAGUGCCUAUCCGUUGAAGGUUGCUGCCAAGCGGGGUGAUAGUCUCCGGAACAGAUGCGAUACCAGGCCAAAGACAGAUAUGGCGAGAGUCUAUUUGCUCUAGAGAAAAGCUACUCUUACACAAGGAAGCAGAGGGUGCAUUUGCAUAUCAUUCGCAAGGCCUUCAUCCAUCAGAAUCAUCUUUAUGGACAAAGCUUCCACUCCUGAAAGGUUUUUAAAAAUGUCCUCAAGUCUCCAGAAAAACCAUCAUCAGAAUGUGAGAUUCCGAACACACCAUUUAAGAGUUAUGAAUUCUCGCUCCUCCGGCCUUGCUAGAGAUUAUUUGCAGCUAGAAACCUCUUACUAGGGAAGAAGGGGCCAGGGUACAUGUUUGGAUAUCUGACUGCAGAAACGGGUGAGGGCUUCAGAUGAUGCCAAAGCCAUGACUCAACUCAGAAGUCUCUGAACUAUGAUCGAUUUCACUUGCAUCUCUAACUUAUUAUAUACAUGCACUGAAUAGGAUGUAUGUUUGUAUUUCUAGUAUAUAGUCUGACCUGGCAGCUCAUUCAAAUGUAUUUAAGUUUUUCUCUGACGUUUCUGUAAAAAAGAAAGGGGGGGAAAUGAACUGUGACUGAUAAAAUCCUGAGAUUUGCCAGUUUUAUAUAUUUCUACCAAGUUCCUGAGCUUGUUAACCUGAAAGGUACUUACUGAAUGCACUACUGAGUGAUGGGUUGCUUCUAGAAGGGACUCUCUUCACUGGCCUCUCAAGCAGCAGCUGUCUUCCUCACACUGGCACCCCAACAUCCCACCAUGUUCUUCUUAGCAUUCCCCUUGGGGAUGGUACAAUGGAAGUUUCUCUCCACGGUAAAUAAACAGCAAAGGAA